UAUAUCUUCUUCUUCUUCAAUUGUGAUAUUUCCAUCUCCCCUUAUCCAAAAUGAUGUUCGGGAGUUCUGGGCAGCUCGCGAGUCGCGACCACCCUUAACACCACUGAUGGCUUCUCUGCUUCGCCACCCUCAAUGCUUUCCCUUGACCUCGCCGUUCUCCGCCGACGUCUUCUCUUCCGCUUCCGCCCACCCACCACACUCUCAAGCCUUCCUGUCGCUUCCCUUACCGAAAUCCCCACUCUCUUCUCCUCUCUGCCACGCUCUCAAAUCUAAGUCGAGAAGGCCUUCGCUCCUUUUCCAUUUCUCUUGCGCUUGUUCGGCGACUUCGACUCCAUUUGUCGAGACGCAGUCGACCGCAAAUGACGGUGAUGUCGCCCCAGUAGAAAAAGAAGAAGAGGAAGAAGAGUUCUCGAGGACCAGAUUGAUUGCCCAGAACAUUCCCUGGACUUGUACUGCCGAAGAUGUUCGGUCUUUGUUCGAGAAGCACGGUACGGUGGUCGAAGUCGAGCUUUCAAUGCAUAAUAAGACGAUGAACAGGAACAGGGGUCUAGCUUUUGUGGAGAUGGGUUCAGCUGAGGAGGCUCUCACUGCUCUCAACAGUCUCGAAUCGUCGGAAUUCGAGGGUAGAGUAUUAAAAGUCAACUAUGCGAAACUGCGGAAGAAGAAAUCUCCCCCUCCUGCACAACCCAGACCGAUCGCAACGUUCAACUUGUUCGUAGCUAAUCUGUCUUAUGAGGCUAGAGCAAAAGACCUGAGGGAGUUUUUCGACUCGGGGAGUGGCAGGGUUGCCUCUGCGGAAGUCAUAUUUCAUGACAAUCCAAGAAAGUCUUCUGGAUACGGAUUUGUUUCCUUCAUAUCCAAGAAAGACGCUGAGGCAGCCUUGACAACCUUUCAGGGGAAGGAUUUCAUGGGGAGACCAUUAAGAGUGGCACGAAGUAAGCAAUUUCUGAAGCUACAAACUAAAGAAAGCUUGCGGUCCAAUGAUGCAUCAGAUGAAUUGAUACCUGAUGCUGAGCAGGUGCAUGAAGCUGUGUAGAACCAAAAUUUGGAAAGACGAAGACACUUCCUGUUUUUGGUUAUAGUCAGUGAGAUCUCUUAAACACAGGAACUCAGUUUUCAUUUUAUAAAGCUGUCUUUUUUUAGUGGUAUCUGUAACUUUUAAUGUGCGCUUGCGCCAUGACAUUGGAAACCAUUGCCCAAGCUAAAUGAAGCAUUUUUAAUGGAAGGUGUAAUCCCUCAUCUGUAUCUCCAUUGAAGGAGAGCAUGUAUAUCUAUCAGUAACAUGGCAUGUCGUAUAACUAACUCCUUAGUAAACAUGAAUGUAUAUGCAGA